UCUCCUCCUCCUCCUCCUCCUCCUCUUCGAAAAACUGACUUCACGCAUCAGUUGGUAACACCAUGCUGGAGCUUCAACCACAACAAAACCUCCUGAGCUCCAACAACAACAACAACAUCAACAACAACAACAACAGCAGCAACAAAAAUCCUCUCGACAGCAGCAGCUCGCUUCAUUGUUGCCUUUUCAACCCAGCAAAGGACGGAAAGGCUUAAUCUCGCGGCGCUUACCCUAACCCUAGCGCUAAAGUGGAAGUAGGGGGGGUUAUUAUGAAAAUGGGGGUUUUAUUUUAGCUCUGCUCGUCUCUCUCCCCCCUCCUCCUUCCUCUUCUCCUCCUCCUCCUCCUCUGCUGCGAUUCUGCUUUUCCAUGCAGCUCUUCAGUCUGGAAAGCUUUAGCCAGCUCCCUCUCUCUCCCUCUCUCUCUCUCUCUCUCUCUCUCUCUCUUCCCUCUCCUCAACCUGCUUUUAGGGCUUGUGUUCACUCUCCACAGCUCCUGCAGGAGGAGAACUCUGCUCUCUCUUCACCAGCUUCUUGGGGGAAAUGUGUCUAGCCUGCUUCAUCAUCUCCUCGAGAAGACGAGAAGAACCAGCUCACGCCGGGGGCCGAGAUCCAUGUGCAUGGCUUUAAUGUUGGUUGAUUUUGGUCAGCCACUAUUUAUAGGGACCAUUAGGUCUCGGUAAUGGAUUAAGCUGGCUGCACUUAAGCAGCAGUUGUGCAGAGGAGGAGCGUUUUUUACCACCCCCCCCCAGCCUGAGUGUGGAUGGAUGCCCUUGCACUUGCAGAAUUGACAGCAGUUUUGGUGUGGGGAAAGAUGUCCAGUGAAAGGCAGCGGUCAGACGACGAAAGCCCCAGCACCAGUAGCGGCAGUUCAGAUGCAGAUCAGAGAGAUCCGCCGGUUCCAGAGCCAGAAGAGCAGGAAGAGAGGAAGCAGCCCACGCCUCCGCAGCAGCAGAAGAAAGCCACCAAACUGUCCAGCAAAACCACAGCAAAGUUGUCGUCCAGCGCCAAAAGAAUCCAGAAGGAACUUGCUGAAAUAACUCUGGAUCCUCCUCCGAACUGCAGUGCUGGACCUAAAGGAGAUAACAUUUACGAGUGGAGAUCCACUAUCCUGGGCCCUCCUGGCUCCGUCUACGAAGGAGGAGUGUUCUUCCUGGACAUCACUUUCUCCUCGGACUACCCCUUCAAACCGCCAAAGGUCACGUUCCGCACGCGGAUCUACCACUGCAACAUUAACAGUCAGGGAGUGAUCUGUCUGGACAUCUUGAAGGACAACUGGAGCCCAGCGCUCACCAUCUCCAAGGUCCUGCUGUCCAUCUGCUCUCUGCUGACAGACUGCAACCCCGCGGAUCCUUUGGUUGGAAGUAUAGCCACUCAGUAUUUGACCAACAGAGCGGAACAUGACAGGAUAGCCCGACAGUGGACCAAGAGAUAUGCCACAUAGACGUCCACCCUCCCCGACACCCCCCAGAACACCCCGCCGAACCCUCCAGACCCCCACCAGACACCCCCACCAGCUCCUGCAGGGGUGAGCGGAUCCAGGAGAAGCAACUUUACAAACGCGCAGCAGAUCUUUAUAGCCUUUACGAUACGGACUGGUAUGUAUACGUCAAACCAACCCUGCCCUGUUUAUCUGACCCAGAACGGACUCGGGGAACACCUGCACAGCUGACCGCUCCGGUGUAGAGGGUUUUUUUUUUUUGGUUUUUUGUUUUGUUUUGUUUUUGUAGCUGUAGAUUUAGUUCUGUUUAAAAUGCCUACUUGCAAGUCUCGCUUCUUUGGGAUAUUAAAAAAAUAAUAAAAAGCAAAAAAACAAAUGUAUUUUGUGAUGUAAUAAGGAAACUGUUCCUAAAAGUCAACCAAAUAUUAUGGUGCAUUUUAGCCGAAUCCAUUAUCUGUAUGAAGUCAAAAACAAAAAAAGUGUAGCAUCUAGCUGUAGAAUAUUAGAAAUGAUGUCAUUUCUAUGCGCCCCACGUGCUCCAUGAUGAUGAUGAUGAUGAUGAUGUUGUGAACCUGUCCCUCUUUUUGUCACUUUGUAAUGAAGAGAAGAUCAUUGAACGUUUUGUAGCUCAGCUGAAAUGAGCCACUGAUGUAAUAUCCCCUCAUACACAAUAAAAAAACUACAAUAACCUGUC